CUACGUCAAACGUCAAAUGUCACCUAAAACAGUGGAUUAAGGAUUUAGAAUUAUUGAAUUGUUCUUCUUGUAUUUAACAACAAACAUUGAAAUUAGUUUUAAUAAUGUUUGCUUAGAUUUAUAAAAUUAUUUAAAAAUAUACCGUUAAGUAUUAAGUCUAACAUGGAUAUUAAUUUAUCACAGCACUUUUCAUCGCUUUGCGGCGAACUUUGUAAUCUUCUUUACUUAAAAGACUACAAUAAAACUACGGUCAAUGCUCUAAUAGACGAACUCAACGCUCAACCUUAUAAAGCAGAGCUAUUUGUUCGUAAAAACGAUGCAACAACUUUAAUCACCGCCUUAUGUCUUGCUGUAAAGCCUGCAGACGAGUUUUUAGCCACAAAAACAUCACAUUUGAUAAACAGCCUUGUAACAAAACAAAGUUUACAAUUUGGCUCUGACUAUUUGGGAAAGGUAGUUUUAUGGCAUAUAGAGUGUGUCAAGAGAUGUUCUGAGAUAAUUUUACCAGAUAUCCUUCAUAAUAUGCAAUGCAUUUUGCAGUAUCACCCUCAAGCCGGUCAAAAGUUUACAGAUGAGUUGAUUGGUGUUAAUGGGAUCAUCAUAAGUAUAAUAGAAAACAAUAAAUGCAUACAUGUGCAAAAUUCAUCUCAGAUAUAUUUACUUGCUCUUAAAUGUGUGGCAAGUUUAGUUACAAUCACAGACGAUAAAAAUUCAGAAUCUUUACUCAGUACUUUUGAUAAAGAGAAAAUUUCACAAAUAGUUGUUACAUUCCUUAUGAAGGGUUGUACAAAGCAACAGGAUCAAUCUCUGUAUUGUAAGAUUGUAAUAACAGCCCUAAGAGUUUUAUCUCAGUUAUAUUUCAAUGAUCAUAACAUAACAAUUCCAGUACCAGAAGUAAUAGGUAUAUGCAGACAUUUCAUAUUAUAUGGUCUAAACUACCAAGCUGCUAAACCAGAGAAAAUAAUGCCUUCUCAACAGACUAUUGCGGUAACACCAGUGGCACAUUGUCCUCAAACCAAGGGUGGAAAGAAACAAAAAUUAAGAAAGCAAAGAAACAAUGCAAUAGAAAGUCUUAAGAAGGAGAUACCCGUCUCUGACCGCAGUUUGAUGAAAGAUGUGGACAAUUUUGAGAACAACUCUGCGUAUAAACCAGCGAGUAGGCAUUACUUGGAACCUCAAAAAGCCAGCAAUACUUGGGUUCUGACUAGUGAUUCAGAUAUGUCCGAUGUGGAGAACAAUAGAGACGCUAAACUUAUUGCUUUGAAAUCCAGAGUAAGACAAAGUGCAGCAAAUUUAUUCCUUGUUUUGAUUAAAGUCAAAGAAAAGAAAGAUAUAUUUGGAUACUGGUGGGCAUUAUUACCUGAUUCACCUGAUCCUCUAAACUGGUCUGCGGAUGAAGCAGCUAAAAAGACAUUAGCUUAUUGUGCUGUGACUGACCCAAUAGCAAGCAGCAGGGCCAGUGUACUGAGUGUUAUUCUUGCACUUUUAUCAGGUUCCAGAGUAUAUUUGUCCCAGGCAGAAACUAGUAAAAGGGACAAUGCUUCAUUCAUUCCUUUCUCUAUUUCACUGGGUUAUGUGAUAACAUGUAUGCAUAAAGUUCUAGUCAGUAUACUAGACACUGAACGGAGUCAUGCAGUUAUCAUAGUUGCACUUAAAUGCUGUGCAUCCCUUGUACAGGCUACACCUUAUCACAAGAUGAAAGAAGGACUGAUAAGUGAUUUAGUAAGAUCUACAAGGAAAUACCUUGUUCAUAGAGAUUACACAUUACAAGUUGGAGCAUUAAUUACAAUGGGAUGCGUCUUAUCCGUGGACCCUAAAACCGAUGAAAUAAUUAAGGCCGUAGAAAAGGAUACUGCAGAAACAACUUUUAAUCAAAUGAAAUUGAACACUGAUGACGAAUGUGAAGAUUUUGAAGAAGGUUACUCGGAUGACGAAAUGUUCACAGUUAACACGCAAUCUACAAAUAAUGAACAGAAUGAAGACUGCGGUUUAUAUUUCAAAAGUUGGAUAUUAGAUAUUUGUUUUAAAAAUAUGGGUUGGAUUGUUAGGGAUAAUGAAAUCACGAGAAGUAAAGCAUCGACAAUACCAGUAAUACUAGAGUCUCUGCAAGUUCUAUCAGCGAUUGCGUUCCAUCAUUUGUAUGAAUUGCUAUACUCGCACAUCGUAUUACUGGGAGAUAUUCUGAGUGAGAUGCUGCAGCAUGAACAUCAAGAUGUGGUGGUGCAUUCCGCUAGAACAGUCAGUAUUAUCGGUGAUGCUAUUAGAAAAUUAGAACUAACAGAGCAAGCUCCACCUCUAAAUCACUGCGUGUCCAUGUGGGAGGGGCUUGUGACGCCCUUGUCGGCAGUAUUGCAAUGUCAUGAAAAUACCCCCGCCAAGGCGGUCGUGUGCGACUGUAUCGCGAAUAUAGGCGAAAGAUCGUUUAAAGAAUUGCCGAGGCGGCUGCAAGUCCUGUGCUGCGCGUUGUUGGUGGGGUCGUGCAGCGACGAGGAGGCGGCGGUGCGCGCCGCGGCCGUGCGCGCGCUCGCUAUGGCCGUCAUCUAUCGGACGCUGAGAGAGGAUAUGUGUUUUGUGAGUGAUUGUGGUGAGAACAUCUUGAGAGGUCUAGCGGAGCCGACGUUGGUGGUGAGAACCAAAGCCGCGUGGGCGCUCGCUAAUCUUAGCGAUGCGCUUGUAUUGAACACGGAAGAACCAGAUAUAGAAGACAUUGACGACGACCUACUGAUUCGUUUACUUGAGGUCAGCAUUAAAUGCGCUCUCGACAACGAUAAGAUUAAAAUGAGCGCAACCCGUGCCCUGGGAAAUCUGUUGCGUCUAAUAAAGAAAGAUCGUUUGCAAAGGCAUCCGCACAUGAAGCCAUUAUGUGAGACAGCCAUUGAGAAGCUAAUGGACUGCGCUUGUAAAGUCACCAAUAUGAAGGUUCGGUGGAACGCUUGCUAUGCAAUGGGAAACGCCAUGAAGAACGAUCACCUUUUCUCGUGUUUUAGCGGUUGGCAAAAUGAAGUAUUCCCUCGCCUAUGCUCCCUGGCGCGCGAGUGUAAGAACCUGAAGGUGCGUAUAAACGCGGCCGUGUCGCUGCGCGCGGCGCGUGCGCGUGCGCAGUACGGCGCGCAGUUCGCGGCGGCGUGGCGCGGCGUGCUGGCCGCCAUGGACCACGCUGCCAACGUCGACGACUUCACCGAGUACAAACACAAGGACAACUUGAUUGAACAGCUCUGCGUCACCCUGGCACAUUUAUGCUGCCUCAUCACUCAGUCAGAUUUAAGUGAUAUUCUGGAUCCACUGGUUUUCCACUACGACUGCGCUAAAGCUCUGUUCACACAAGUAUGCCACAGACUUCCGCCGGAGAAUGCUUCUUGUUCGAAAAUAUUACAAGCAGCGAAAUAUGUGACAGUGGAUUUAACAGCGUCUAAUGAUGCUCAGACACAGUCAUUGACUAUGUUGCAAAAUAUAUUCAUUUGGGACCUAUAGUUUUGGAAUCUAACUUGGUCAAUGAGUAAAGAUAGGUUGUGUGAUAUCUUCCUCAGUGUAAAUUGUUUUAUCGGUUGACAAUAAGUUAAAGGCGUAAUUGCGUUCAACUUAUAGUUUUGGUGGGUUGAAAUAAUAUUGAUAAGAAAUAAUAAAUAACACACUAAUAUAUACAAUGGAAAGUGAUCUUUUUAUUUAUUUUUUUACCGUUAAAUGUGAUGGAAACUGAUUAAAUGAAAUCGUGAGCUUGUUUAUUUUGGUACGCGUGUUUACUACUAUAUCGUAGUAAUCGCGGGAGUUGUAGUUGUAAAAUCCAUGUCAUAACAACAUUAUUUAUGUUACAUGUGUGCAACUUAUGUUUGUUAUAUUUAUUUUUUCUAACCUGUUAUGGUUUUGAUAGGUAAAUAAACAAGUUCAAUAAAUUAUAAUGUGUUUGUAUGAAGAUAAUAUACUUAUAACAUAUGUAAAAUAUAGGCACGUUCGAACAUUAUGAUGACCAUGCAUACGAUGCUUAUCUAACUUGUAAGUUAAUAUGUAUACUAAUAUAUCACGUACAUACAUUUAUAGAUAAGCACAAAGUUUCUUAAUAACUUAUUUACACGUUAAAUAAAGAAAGUGAAAAAACAA